AUGUCAACUCAGGCAAUCUCAACGCAGGCAAUGUCGAUACAGAACAAGCACCCCUUCGGCGAACGAGAAGCAUACGAUGAAACUCUGCCACAAUACGACUAUAAUGAACACCAAGGUUUCCAGCUUAAGACGACAGGACUCAACACUGAAUAUUCUCACCUCUCAUUCGGCAGCAGAGGGCCACCUCACGGGAGUUUCCUACCACAGCUCCACAAUGACUUCCAAUACACAGACCCGCAUGGUACAUACGCGCCGAGGCAAGAAUUUAACACGGGCUUUUCGUCAGUCGCACACCAGAAUCUUCCCAUUCGGCCUUCCGUGUGGCAGAAUGUAUCACCCCAAAUGCAGCCGAUGCAGCGAGCGCAACAACUACAACAACCGCAGCAGAUGCAGCCGCGGGUGGGUCAAAUGGAGCAACCGAACAUCGGCGACUGUUUUGGACCACCGCCGUACGAAGAUGAUGCUACCAAAGAUCGCCGCGACAGUAUAUUCAUCAAAGACGACGAUGGAUCUCCAGAAACGCAGCAAGUCUCUGUUGGGCGAAGGCGCAAGUCCGAAUACGCCGAACCAGGGUCGGCACGGGCUAUAUACUUGGAGAAGAACCGCAAGGCUGCUAGCAAGUGCAGAAACAAGCAGAAGCAGGAGCAGGAGGAGUUGGUGCGACGAUCCCGAGAGGUUGAGAAGAUAAAUCGGGCCCUCAAGGAGGAAAUAAACUACUAUCGAGAACAAGUGGCAGAACUAAAGGAACACAUUGCAUUCCAUGCCCAUUGGAGGCAGAUUAUGCGGGUUUUCUUCACUUUUGUAAGACGCAUCGACGCAGUAAUUCGUGUUUAA